AUGGUCGCACCGCACCGGGACCGGGACCGGGACCCGGACCGCACCGGGACCGCGUCAGGCUGCGGGCACCUCACCGGGCUCAGCACCGGAACCGAGCACCGGGACCGCAUCAAGCACCGGGAGAACCUCGGGCUCCGCACCGGGACCGCAUCAGGUCCCGGACGCUGCACCGGAGCACACCGAGCACCUCGGUCCCCCCCGAGACCGCCCCGGGACCGCAUCAGGCACCGGGAGCACCCCGGGAUCACCUCGGGCUCUGCACCGGGACCGCCCCGGGACCGCAUCGGGCACCGGGACCGCACCGAGACCACCUUGGGACCGCACCGAGCACCGGCACCGCACCGGGACCGCAUCAAGCACCGGCACCGCACCGAGCGCCCCGAACCGCCCCGGGCUCUGCUCCGAGCCCGCCCCGGGAGCGCCUGGAUCCUCGCCGGGCCCGGCCCCGAGCCCGCCCCGGUGGCCCCGGCUCCAUCCCGAGCCCCGCACGGUCCCGCCAUGGCUCUGGUGCUGCAGCUCCGCUCCGUCUCCGGCCUCCGCGGCAAAGGCGACCGCAUCGCCAAGGCGGCGUUCCGGGGAUCCACGAAUCCACCAUCUCGCCAUCAUUCCCAAUCCCGGUUUUUUCCCCUUUUCCCACUCCCGCAGCAGGAAGAGGCGGCGGGGCGGAACCAGAGCCUGAUCCAGAGGCUGCAGGACCUGGAGCAGCAUUCCCGGGAAUCCAGCACGCUCCAGCACAUCCAGGCCACGCUGCUCUACGACAUCCAGGCGCAGAUCAACAACAUCUCCGCCUUGGCCGACUGGGCCUGGAGGAACCCCAGCUGCCUCCACCCCGCCGACAUCCGCGCCCAGGAGGAGAUGCGGCAUCCAGAAAUCAAACACGGCCGGAAUUGUCCCAUCGACUGCGCUUCCGUCUACUCCAACGGGCUCCGGAGAUCCGGGAUCUACAGCAUCCUGCCCUCCGUCCGCGGAAUUCCCAUCGAGGUCCUCUGCGAGAUGGACACGGAAGGUGGUGGCUGGACCGUCAUCCAGAGGCGCCAGGACGGAUCCGUGGAUUUCAACCGGACCUGGAACGAGUACAAAGAAGGAUUCGGGGACCUCAACGGGGAAUUCUGGCUGGGCAACGACAACAUCCACAGGAUGACGAGCCAAGGGGAUUAUUCCCUGCGGAUCGACCUGGAAGACUGGAAUAACAAACAUAAACAUGCCUUCUACCAGGUCUUCAGCAUCGAGGACGAGGAGAACUUCUACCGGCUCCACGUGGACGGGUUCAGCGGCACCGUGGAGGAUUCCUUCGCCUGGUACCACGACAAGCGGAGCUUCAGCACUCCGGAUUCCGGGAAUAUCUGUGCCGAGAUUUCCCACGGAGGCUGGUGGUACCACCAGUGCUUCUUCUCCAACCUCAACGGCGUCUACUACAAGGGCGGCCGGUAUUCCAUCAAGAACCGGAAGAUGCUGGGCCCGGACGGGAUCGUGUGGUAUUCCUGGAAGGACACGGACUACUAUUCCCUGCGGAAGGUGGUGAUGAUGAUCCGGCCGCGCGCCUUCCGGCCCCACCUCUCCCCGUGACGCGUCCCGGGACCUUCCCCGCUCCGCAUCCCGCGGAACGCCGGGAACGGAGGGCAGGGAAUCGCGCCGGGAAACGGAUUCUGGAUGGACCGAACUGGAGACGUUGGGUUUUGUGGGAAUGGAUCCAACUGGGAUCCAACAGGGAAUGGAUCCGAGUGCUCCAGAGUGGGAGAUCUCCUGAGAAUGUGGAGGUGAUUCUUGGGAAGGGAA